CGGCGUCAACGCCGUUGCUUCAUGGGAAAUGUAUUCUUAUUGCUGUGCAGCUAAAACUGCACACUCGCCGUUUGUAGGCUGGGUUGUCAAAUCAACGAAUCACUGCAAUAAGUAGCACGUGAUGGGUUCCCUUUGUGAGCGUUAGAGAGAGCUGUAAAACCAUCUCCAUAGCAACGUACGUCUCGGGCCACAAACGAAAUGCACUAACUGGCACUUAAGGUUUAUGAUAAUGGCCGCCGUAUAUCUCGACAAAUCAGCUUUGGAAGCAGUGGAUGACUACUGGGAGUACAAAAGGAUUGUUGGUGAAGACGACGGUGGAAAACUUUUCUCCCCAGAGGAAUAUGAAGAGUACAAGAGGAAGGUUCUACCUAUGCGUAUGAAAAACAGGUUGUAUGUGAGCUUUGGCGUACCGGGGGGUAUUGACUGCAAACUGAUUGGCCCUGAAACACAGUGCUUUUGUGAACAUAGAUACAAGCAGCAUCAGACAGACUGGGAGGUGGUCCCCUCUGAGCGACCCCUUGCCCUACCGUGCAAGGUCAGGGGAUGUCACUGCUCCGCUUAUACCUACGUCCCUCGGCUCGGUUGUAGCCCGGUGCGCUGCGGUUGCAAGCAUUUACCCGAGGAUCACAGCGAAGCCACAGGCCACUUGUGCAAGAAGUGCAAUUCCUGUUCUGGGUUCCGCAGUCCCUACACUUGUGGCUGUGGGCGGCCCUGCUUUGAGCACCGUACCUUGGUUGAGACAAAGCUGGAGAGGCAGGAAAGGGGUCGGCCUGUUGGCAGAGAUGUUCCCUAUGCCGCCAUGGGGGGCCUGACGGGGUUCAGCUCUUUGCUGGAUGGGUACCUCACUUUGGAAGCCUCCUCCACAGAUGAAGGCAGAGAAGACGGCUGCCUGCAGGGGAGCUCAGCGGCGAGGGAGCGCCACACCUCACUGCCAGGCGCAACCGGCUCCGGCGUUCGCAAGAAACGGGCCGACAAACACUGAAAUGCAACAUUUGCGUUUCCUUACUGGGUCAGGUUGUUCAUUUCUGGUAUGAGAGCUAAACUUUAGCAAAUCAAACGCAAAAUGACUUCCCAAAGAGAGCUAAUGUUUGAGAGUAAACAUUUUCCAGCUAACUGUGAAGAACCCCUAUUUUUCUUUAAAUAAAUUUAACCCUAGUUUAAAAUCUAUUGCAAUGAGAUUUAGCUGCCGACUGUAGUUUUCAAGUCCCUGAAUGAGUUGGUCAGAAAGCCAGUGAAUAAACCCAAAGCCCAUCAAUUUUAUUUGUCGUACUGCAGUUUUUCGGGAUAUUUGUCAUAUUUUCCUGAACAGCUUGUUAAUAGAGUAUUUCUCCGAGGU